AAUCUACAAUAUUCCCCAUAAGCCAAUUGCUGCUGCAGAGAAGGCUGAGGCCACUGAUCUAAAAGCAACAUAUCCUCUGCUUUCCUACGCAACAAAGUGGUGGCCUACUCACGCAUGCCAAAGCCUACCAUUGAAUGACCUAGGGUCAUCUAGAUACUCCGCUGAAUCUUAUGGGAUAUUCUUCAAAGCCUUGGCCGAGGCGGUAUGGAACAAGGAACUCUUGAGUUGCUGGAUAGAAACCUCCUAUACAUUCCAUAACGUGCCCUCUCUAAAUAUGGUGGGAAGCUACGUAGGCGCAUUUCAAAGAAAGUAUCCCGAAAUCUGGAAGCUACAAGUCGAGUCUGUAGUCAGCAGAUUGAAUCGCCUAUCACCAGAGCUGAGUCGACUGAAUGCGGACUGGUGUCAUAUUUUGCGGAAGGAGCCAAACGAGAUUUGGAUGCCUAGCAUCAACGCGGUUGGAAGAUUCGAUCUUUGGGCAAACAGUGGCACUGCGAAGAUGACUUUCUUAAACCCUAAGCAAGAUGAAGGUUCUAUACUGAUAACUUCCCAAGUGUCGGCCGAUGGUGGAAGUGUGGGCAUGUUUAAGAUAUGGACGUCAGCGUCAAAAUGCAUGAAAGGUGAGGCAUCGGCUGGCUCUGAAUACUGGAAAGUAGCAUACCAAAUAUGGUCGUUAAAGACGAUGUCUCAAACCGAAUGCAUCAGGUUUGAGAUUCCGCAAGAGCAGCUGCUGGAUCUAAACCUUCAGAAUCAAGACGACAAAUCACUGGAAUAUACCAAACAAACACGCACUCAUUUCCGCUUCCCGGUUGCUUUUUCCUCAUCCUUAUCUCUUCUGGUCGUUCACGGGAUUUUGCUCAAGAUCGCUCCGGCUUCAGUGCUGGAGAAAAUAGACGACCGAGGCCAUUUUCAGGUCCUGCCACCCCCUGGGUGUGAACACACCCUCGACAUGGAUGCUUUUACCAUGGCACGCCCGUUACAUACAGGACGAAAGCGAUUCUCUUUUACAAGGGGGUUCAAAAUCGUCCCCGCCGACCACAAAUGCCAUUCCUGGGCUCAAUACUUCAUAUCCCCGAAUGAGAAGUAUUUGAUACAAAUCAAUGGUAGUGGGCCACCAUCGACGGCUCAUACUAGGCGCUGGAUAGUAAGCGCGUACAGUGAUACGCAAUUCAAUAAUUGGGUACCAUCUUUUCGUCUUGUAGCAAGCGUGGGCAUUCAGUUCAGACGGUCGAGUACAAAGGAUAAAACGGUCGAGAGAUUUCUAUGGUUUCAUCCGUUUUUGCCGAUUAUUGCGGUUUGCAGGCUUGCUACGAUUUCGCUUUGGCACUUCAUGGAGAAAGAGCUCGUUACAGUUCACGAUACUCUGCUGGAUAACAUCUGCUGGUCUGUCUGUGGCAACUACCUUCAAGGAACCGAUCCUUCUUCCAACCAAAUGGUUUUCAUCGACUUGACCAAGCACCUACCACCACGGGCGAAACCCCUCGAAGCUCCCCAGGCGUCGUCUUUAACCACACCCACAACGGUGAUAGCUCCAAUAGUUAAUUCAAACCACGAGAGCAUGCAAAUUAUUACGAUUGGACAGAACAUCAGUUCAGAGAGUUCCACGUCUAGCGCUAUACAAUCCGCCGGUACACCCGUAUUCAGUGCCUCAGCAGCAGGACUUAGCUUCUCAGCCCUCAAUCAAAACUGUGAUGACUCGAGCGCCAUUAUCCUCCAUAACGUCGGUCCAGGGGGCGUAGUAACUAAUUCCAACCUCAUGCGCCUCCCCAAGUCAUCCACCCUAGAAAAGAGUUAUUCAACGCUAGUAAAUACGGGCGACAACGAGAACUUGCGAUUGGUGCUUAAUAUGGCAGCGCAAGAAACGUAUUCUGUGGAAGACAAGGCUGAUUUCAGCCUCCCAGCUAUAUUUGAUAGGAAGACUGAGAGCAUUUUGGCUGUAGAGGAGGAUUAUAGGAUUGGAAACAAGAGGUUGAAGGCUUUUUCUGGAGAGUCGGAGCAAUCGGAGCGGUUGGAGAUGUUGGUUGGCCAGAAGGCGAUAGAGGCGCCGGCGGAAGAUACCUUUAUGGCGGAUGCGGAUGAUCAAUAAUGUAUGAAAGCUUCAAUUUCGAAAGUACGAUGACAGGUUUUAGGUAUGAUUUCCUUAUGGUUUAUUUUUUGAAUUACAGGAUAGGCAACUAGAAAAUCGGUUCAACAUCCUAGGAUGUUACUUUUCAUAGUUGGGAUAGGG